UUGCCAAACCCUAAAAUGAAAGGACAAAAGUUGGCGCCGACUCUUGCAGCUCGGAUGGCGACUUGUGCGUUUUCAGCGGCAUCUCUCGGAGAAAAAACCGUGCGCGUUUGAUUGUUCUGUGGACCCCAGGCUGCAGUGCGUGUGGGUGUGUGUGUUUGGGUGUGUGUCUGUGUGUGUACACAGACUUAACAAACUCAUUCGCGGCCACAGGAUCAGCGCCUGGAAGCAGACGUUUCGGCCACAGACUGGAGAGGAGGAGCUGGAGAUCAGGAGGCGUGAGCCGCCAGGAGUCUGUUGAAUCCGUGGUGUGAAUGAACUGGGAGCACCUGGGCGCACGGGUCGCCUCCCCCACUCCCCGCCCCGGGGCCAGAGUUGACUUGUGGGGCAUUUUUUUCACCAUCUUGUGAAGAAUUUUUUUAUUAUUAUUUGUUGUAAAGUCUUUUGCACAAUCACGCCCACAUUUGGGGUUGGAAAGCCCUAAUUACCGCCGUCGCUGAUGGACGUUGGAGAGGGAGCGCCUCGCUGCGGAGCAGUCGCCUGCGCGCCCUCUCUGGACCCGCGGCUCCCUUGUUGCGCGCCGGCCCAGCCCUGUUUCUGCUGCUGGCCGGCGGGUUUCGGCGCCCCCUCGGUUCUCGGGCGCAUCCUAAGGCUGCUCCGGCUCAGGCACCCACACUCGGGCGCCAGUAACUGCUUGGGCUCCGAUUCACUGAGCCUGCCGGACGCUCCCAGAAGGAGCCCGCAGCUCUGCGCUGGAUCGUCCCCCCAGGCUUAACCCGGCCGCUCCGCUCGGAUUCCUUGGCUGCCCUCGCUCCGGUGGCGACUUCCUCCCUGCGCCCCCUCCCCCUCGCCAUGAAGAAGUCGAUUGGAAUAUUAAGCCCAGGAGUUGCUUUGGGGACGGCUGGAAGGGCAAUGUCUUCCAAGUUCUUCCUAAUGGCUUUGGCCAUAUUUAUCUCCUUCGCCCAGGUUGUAAUAGAAGCCAAUUCUUGGUGGUCGCUAGGUAUGAAUAACCCUGUUCAGAUGUCAGAAGUAUAUAUCAUAGGAGCGCAGCCUCUCUGCAGCCAACUGGCAGGACUUUCUCAAGGACAAAAGAAACUAUGCCACUUGUAUCAGGACCACAUGCAGUACAUCGGAGAGGGUGCGAAGACAGGCAUCAAAGAGUGCCAGUAUCAAUUCCGACACCGGCGGUGGAACUGCAGCACCGUGGAUAACACCUCCGUCUUUGGCAGGGUCAUGCAGAUAGGCAGCCGCGAGACGGCCUUCACAUACGCGGUGAGCGCCGCGGGGGUGGUCAACGCCAUGAGCCGCGCGUGCCGGGAGGGCGAGCUGUCCACCUGCGGCUGCAGCCGCGCCGCGCGCCCCAAGGACCUGCCGCGGGACUGGCUGUGGGGCGGCUGCGGCGACAACAUUGACUACGGCUACCGCUUCGCCAAAGAAUUUGUGGACGCGCGCGAGCGGGAGCGCAUCCACGCCAAGGGCUCGUACGAGAGCGCGCGCAUCCUCAUGAACCUGCACAACAACGAGGCCGGCCGCCGGACGGUGUACAACCUGGCUGACGUGGCCUGCAAGUGCCAUGGGGUGUCGGGCUCAUGCAGCCUCAAGACGUGCUGGCUGCAGCUGGCCGACUUCCGCAAGGUGGGCGACGCCCUGAAGGAGAAGUAUGACAGCGCAGCGGCCAUGCGGCUCAACAGCCGGGGCAAGCUGGUGCAGGUCAACAGCCGCUUCAACUCGCCCACCACACAGGACCUGGUCUACAUCGACCCCAGCCCCGACUACUGCGUGCGCAACGAGAGCACCGGCUCGCUGGGCACACAGGGCCGCCUGUGCAACAAGACAUCCGAGGGCAUGGACGGCUGCGAGCUCAUGUGCUGCGGCCGCGGCUACGACCAGUUCAAGACGGUGCAGACCGAGCGCUGCCACUGCAAGUUCCACUGGUGCUGCUACGUCAAGUGCAAGAAGUGCACGGAGAUUGUGGACCAGUUCGUGUGCAAAUAGUGGGCGCCCCACCGCCUGCCCGUCACCCAGCCCGACUCCCAGGACCCACUUAUUUAUAGAAAGUACAGUGAUUUUUUUUUAAAUAUUGUUUUUCUUCCCCAGGAAUUGCAACGGAACCAUUUUUUUCUGUUCCCAUCUGAGAAUUCUGUGGUUUAUUAUUAUUAUAAUUAUUAUUUGGCAAUAAUGGGGGGUGGGAAUCAAGAAAAUAUUUAUUUUGUGGAUCUUUGAAAAGGUAAGACAAGACUUCUUUUGAAGGUAUAGGAUGAGGGGGAAUAACACAAACCUUUAC